AUUUAUUUAGGGGAGUCACUGGGGUUAGGGUUUUCGCAGCCGCUUUAAAACUAUCUUAUUGAUCAUCAUCUCCUCCAUCAACAAACAUGGGUAAGACAAGGGGAAUGGGAGCAGGGCGCAAGCUCAAAAGGCUUAGGAUCAAUCAGAGGUGGGCUGAUAAGCAGUACAAGAAGUCCCAUCAGGGUAACGAGUGGAAGAAGCCUUUUGCUGGUUCUUCCCACGCCAAGGGUAUCGUUCUUGAGAAAAUUGGUAUUGAGGCUAAGCAGCCUAACUCUGCUAUCCGUAAGUGUGCUAGAGUUCAGCUUAUCAAGAACGGCAAGAAGAUUGCCGCUUUUGUCCCCAACGAUGGUUGCUUGAACUACAUUGAGGAAAAUGACGAGGUGUUGAUCGCUGGAUUUGGUCGUAAGGGUCAUGCUGUGGGAGAUAUUCCCGGAGUUAGGUUCAAGGUCGUCAAGGUUUCUGGUGUUUCACUUUUGGCCCUCUUUAAGGAGAAGAAGGAGAAGCCAAGAUCUUAAACAAUGCAUCGAGCUUUUGAAUUUGUUUUUGAUGUUAUAACUACCUUCUGAUAGUUCUUCAGUUACAAACAACUCAUAAUGUUCUGUUCUGCUUUAAGAUUCCAGAACCGUGUUUAAACCAUUUAUUUUCAAUGAGUCUUAAGUUUAGUUUCCGAA